UCGAUCAAGGAACCCCUGGAAAGUUAUGGCUUCAGUCUCUUUCUCUCUCUAACUACGUUUUCUCUCUCUUCGAUAUCUCAAAAGAAAGCUCAGUAUCUUCCUGUAAAAUAGGCCGUAUUUAUCCAACCAAAAUCUUACCCUAACCCUAGUUUUUUUGGUUGAAAUCGCCCGAUUUUGGUUAGGUCUGAAGUUUCUGGAGGUUUUCCAGUGAGUUUUGGUGGAAAUUUUUUGCAGCGAGGAUGAAGCUUACGGUGAAGACAUUGAAAGGGAACCAUUUUGAAAUUAGGGUUCAGGCAAAUGAUACGGUAAUGGCUGUUAAAAAGCAUAUCGAAGAGUUACAAGGAAAAGAUAACUAUCCAUGUGGACAGCAGCUGCUGAUUCAUAAUGGGAAGGUAUUGAAAGAUGAGACAACCUUGGAAGAGAACAAAGUUAGCGAAGAUGGUUUUCUAGUUGUCAUGCUUAGUAAGAGCAAGACCUCUGGGUCAGGAGGAGCCACAUCUGCCCAGCCAUCAGCAGCAGCCACAAAUCCUCAGAAUCCAACUCCUGCGCCUGAGUCACGUCCACAACCAAUGGCCUCACAGAACCCAGCAAGAGGGUCAGAUGCAGGUCCAGAGGUCACCAAUGUAUAUGGUCAAGCUGCAUCAACUCUAGUUGCUGGCAAUAAUCUCGAACAAAUGAUUCAACAAAUACUCGAUAUGGGUGGGGAUAGCUGGGACAGAGACACAGUCACGCGUGCAUUACGUGCUGCUUACAACAACCCGGAACGAGCUGUGGAAUAUUUAUACUCUGGUAUUCCAGCAGCUGCAGAGGUUGCUGUUCCUGUGGUCCCUACAUCAGCUCAGGCAGCUGAUGCUACAACCGAAGCAGAUGUUGCCGGGGUGGCACCAAAUUCAGCAGGACCCAAUGCUUCCCCUUUAAACAUGUUUCCACAAGGUUCCCCUACCUCUGGUGCCAUUGCUGGAGGAGGUUCCCUGGAUUUCCUUCGUAACAAUGAACAGUUCCAAACCCUACGACAUAUGGUCCAGGCGAACCCACAAAUUCUGCAGCCAAUGCUUCAGGAGCUAAGCAAGCAAAAUCCUCAGCUAUUAAGACUUAUUCAGGAGCACCAAGCUGAAUUUCUUCAAUUGAUUAAUGAACCUGCUGAAGGUGCAGAAGGAGAUUUGUUUGGACAGGCUGAGCAAGACAUGCCCCAAUCCAUCACAGUUACACCAGAGGAAAGAGAAGCCAUUGAACGACUCGAAGCAAUGGGAUUCGACAGGGCCCUUGUCAUAGAAGCUUUCUUGGCAUGUGAUAGGAAUGAAGAGCUUGCGAUUAACUAUCUCUUGGAGAAUCCUGGGGAUUAUGAAGAUUGACAGAUGAAAAAGGAAGAAAUCGGAGUCUUGUACUGUAUCCUACUUAUGCCAUUUUCCCAUAGAGAGAAAAGCCUCUGCAUUCUUGCAAUGAUUUGUGGGUUAAAGAGUUGAUUCUUGUGGCAUAAAUCUGUAGAGCUCCUCACCCUUCGUUGCUUUUAGCACAGGUCCUGUCCCCUUCACUCUUGCUUAGUUUUUCUUUAAGGCCAGCUUUUGUUUUGUUUUAAGCGUGGCAUUUUUUGAUUUUUUGAGUUUGGGACUUUUGAAGAGCAAAAUCCUCGUCUAUUGUACUUGGAAACUAUGCAGAUUCAGAGAGGGGAUCUCAGACGUGGGUAUAUACUCAAUAGAUUUCUACUAAUUAUUUGUCUCCAGUGUUGAUUUGUA